AUUGAGCGUGGUGAUGGAUUUGAUCUGAUCCAAUGAUGAUGAGGAUCAAAUGCAAGCCGACAGAAACACGCAAUCCACGCGCGAUGGAGGCGUGGUGAUGCUGAAGCUGAAGACGCAGAAGCAACAGGAGAUGGUUGUGUUCCUCAACGAACCGGCAAAACGACGUCAGGCGUCACUUUUUCUCCUUGCGGGGAGAAUCUCAACCACCUCCGUCCAGCCUUACCGGUCUCCACCACCACUUUUCGAGCACAAUUGUCACUCUUUUUUAUCUUUAUUCUUGUUCAUGGCGAGAUUCAGGGCAUGGAAGACGACGACGAGGAUUUCUUCUCCGAUGAGGGCUUCGACGAUCUGCCACCGAGCACAUUAUUACAGCUGGAACAGAACGCGUAUCGCGCCACUCAGGCUCAACGAGUCCAGAAACCAUCGCUCGAUGAUGAUGUAAUUUACGAGGGAGAAAGGCCACUGGAGAAUCAUGUCUAUCAAAACUCCGUGGUUCAGGAGCCUCACACUCGAGUCCCAGGUCCCAACAAUGCCACCCUCGAGCUCCCCGCCCGUCUACACUCCGGAUUGACAAAUGAAUAUGGCACUUUGGAUGUGGGAGAGCUAGAUGCGGAGAUUUUGAAUGAUGAUGCUGCAUCGGGAACUGCACUGGGCCAACCUGCGAAUAUUCCAGGCCAGUUUGGUCCUCUGCAGGAUAACACCCUGGUGGAAGACGGCCGCCAUGGCCCUCUACCAGACUCGAUGGAGAUUGUAGAAGAAACCUACCUUCCGGAGGAUGCCUACCAACAAAGUUACGAUGAGACCUAUGAUAUUCUAAAUGAGAGGUUGGCGCGGGAAAACGAACGGAAUCAACAAAUUAUGGAGGAACUAGCUUCAGCAAAGUCCGUGAUGGAGACGAAAACCGGGGAAAUAGCCAUAAUUCGUGCUAAUCAAGCCAAGCUCGCCGAGAACCAUGACCGGCAAUUGACAGCCUUGCGAAAGGCCAUGGCGGAGGAGUCUGCAAAGCACAAGGAAGAACUGGAAGCUGCCCGGGCCGAGGGCAAGAUGUUGGCUACGGAAAACGCAUUUCUUAGACAAGAUCUCGCGGAGGAGGCACGAAUGAACGGCUUGAAGGCGAAAAGUAAAGUGGAGGAUAAAGUACCUCCCGUCACGCCCAAAAAGUCCAGAAUUCUUCCAUUCCGUGACGGAUUCGACGAUGAUGAAAUCAUUGCCAUCUCGCCUAGCAAAUCGCAGGGGGGCCGGUCCAAACGAGGCACGCCUACUGUGCCUGGGAAGAGGAAAAGAAAACAUAGUCAGGGUAGCCCAACCCCGUUGCAGUUGGACCCUCAGCCAGAGCCCAUGAUGGAAGAAGCCCCAGGGGACACAUCAGAUGAUGCUAUGAUCGAUGCUGAGCAUUAUGAGCCAGUCUCUAUACAGAGCGAGGAUCGCAAUAUGGGGUUGAUGAAGCGGAUCUUGAACCACCGAAGGUCUCCUAACGAAGAGCGCGAUAUCGAGGUGAUGGCGCAGUUGACUUUCCCGUCAGAACCCCAACAGACGAUAUCCAGCAUCGUCCUCGAAGAAACGUCCAAUGUUCACUCGGGCAAUUUCCCGGUAGAGUAUGGACGGACAAUUGCCUCUCUGUGGGCUCGUGCUUUGAAAGAGAAAUUCUACAAGCCCAUUCCAAUGUUCAUGUCGAUUAUCCGGUUCAUCUUUGCGCUGGAUAUGUGUACAUCCGUCCCUGAUCUGAUUGAGCACUUGGUGCCAGUAUUGCAAGAAUCUGGGGAUGUCAAUGGAGUCCCACGAUUCAAACAUUCGCCCGUCUCGCGACAGAAUCUAGGCCAGAUCCGCCAGACGCCCGUUUCCCAGCUACAUCCCGAGGUGGAUUCGACAGAGGCGUUGAGUAUGCUCUACCACAUGGCAUGUGGAUGUCUUCACGUCGAGCGAGCGAUAAAGAAUUUCUGGCGACACAUACGCUACGACUUCAUCUUAAUGAUGCUAAACUGUUCCCAGCCGAUCAAGGACAUUAUCCUGACUCUGAACCUACUAUCGACCAGUAUCCGCCCAGGGUUGUUUGGGUCGAUCCACGAGGCAGAGCAAGACCAGAUAGCCAACGAGAACUACAUUGUCGACCGUGUAGGUAACCUGCUGAGCGAAAUGCCUCAGGUGGACGAGGGACAGGAUCCAUACACACCGCUGGAAAUUUGCAGCAUGCGUCUGGAGGCGCUGUCCCUUCUGAUGGCGCUGGUCUUUAACCCCAUCGACCCGAACGACAACCACGGCAUAUCGGUGAUUGCGUCUCAUCCGACGGUACUAGCGCGAUUGAUUCGAGCAAUGCAUGACGAGCUGGAUGCAUUGUAUUCGUACUCGCCCGAACAGGAUCUACACUCGUCACUGGUCAACGGGUUGAUGCGGGUUAUAUAUGGAGUAAUACGUCGUCAUCACGAGCCGGUAGAUCUGCAGGCAAAACUCUGCCGACUGGCGGGGGGCAAACAGAAGUUUCUCGUCGUGUUGACCCGGCUGGCGUUUAGUGAAGGACCGAUUUUGGAGGCGGGAAUUGAUGAUGAGACGGUGGAAAUGGCGCAUGAGAUGUUGGAUGAUGCGGUAAAUCCUCAAGAAGCGGAGGCUUUACUCGAGGCGUUCCCCAGUGCCAAACGUGACGAUUAAUGACUGAUUCUGCUAUGUAUGUUUAAAAGCUCAGCUAUAUACCCGCCAAAUAAUUGUAUUUUAUAUUUAAUUUCAUGAUUGUCAUACUGUCUGUAAACUACCGAUCUGUAGUCAUCACUGGUGAUAUAUUUCUGCUACGGGGUGAACUGACUGAACACACCCACUGACUCCAUACUUAACCCAGACAAACAGGUACUGUUUUUCAUUUGGAAGUAGAUUUUAAUUAUUG